CCGGAUUACGGAGCGGACCAAAUUCACAACCCUCCCUCUGUCGCGCGCGCACAUGGACAGCCCGUCAUAGUAGAGGGACCUUAUCUUCGUGGGACAAACAUGGCUUCACCGCCAGGAUAUCAGCAGCCCGACUGGGAGCCUGCCUUCAACGCCAGGAUGUUGACAGAUUUCAGAGAGGACCUUGCCCGAAUGGACGGAGUCAUAACACCAGGAGUAGACGACACUCCAUAUAUUCACCAAGCGAUUGAAGCACUCACUCGCCGUGAUCGCGAUACUGGUUAUUCCGCAAAUGAGUCUUCGAGCAGUGACAGCGCACAGGCUGGACCGUCGAUAUAUCCGAACCAACCACACCGACAGGUUUACCAACACCCUCAGCAAACGCCACGACCUAUCUCCACGGGACCAAUUCAGGAGGGGGAUGAAGUGCUGCAACCACCUAAUCCACAAUUUUCGAAACCAAAUCCAGCCGCUUCCGCCGACUCGCUUGCCGAAAGUUUGCUCAAAGGCGCUAGGAAACCUGCGCAGCCUCAUGAAUGGAGACCAGUGGAGAGGGAGGAGAUUCUCAACAGAACUGGGGAAUGGAAGGCCCAGGGAGUACCGCCACUUACUUUUAGGCCAUGGCCAUUACGAGCACCCGCUUUGUUUGGGUUCAUGGCCAUGUGUGUGCUGAUGAUCGCGGCUCUUGCCUUUGGUGCUGUUUGGUCACAUCAAAAGCAGGGGUUAGUUGGUUGGGACGACAUCGUGGGCGGCCGGUAUUUCGUCUUUAGGAUCCUCCCGCAACUAAUCGGGGCUGUCUUCCUGCUCUAUGCGCAGUUCAUCAUCACAACCAUCUUCCGGAUCCUACCGUUUGUGCGGUUAGCUUCUCACGACCCUCAGGUCCGUGAUGGUGCGGUAUACCAGAGACUCUACCCUUCGUUUCUCUGGCCGAAGUUUGUCGGACCGUGGAAUGUCUGGGUGCCGAUCUUUGCUACUUGGCUGAUGAACUUUACCAUCCCGCUUCAGAGCUCGCUUUUUACGGUUAUUCUUGCGGAAGAGGGGGAGGAGAGACAGUGGGUUUGGGCCACAUGUCAAGGUGUGGCUUGGGCCUUGGUAGGGUUAUACCUGUUGUUGCUCAUUUCAACAAUCAUCGUCUGGAGAUUCUGGGCAACUACCGAAAAGACCGGUCUGAUUUGGGACCCUCGAUCUCUGGCCGAUUACAUCGCCAUCGUCUCCGAAACCAACACCGCGACCGACUAUCGCGGUACUCAACUCGCCCGCGGAAUAGAGGGCAUCCGCUUCGCCCUCCGCCGCCGUGCUCACGAUAGGCUAGGGUACUGGACCUGGAAAGAUGGUCGCCCGGGUUUCUGGCAUACUCUUGGGAGCCCCAUGGAUAACGAGUCCAACCUCCUUCCCUUUCCGGAUGUCACCAGCGGUCAAAGAAUGGAGAAACAACCAUUCAACAACCAAAGCCCCCUAAUCGAAAACCCCGAUCACCAUCCCGACCUCGAAACCUCGGACCCGAACGCCACAAUCCGACACAGAUACCUCCCCUGGUCUUUGCGAACAAGCCAACUCCUCUGGUUCAUCAUCGCGAGCGUUAUCCUCCUUGCCGCCCUCUUUGUCGUCUCCUUCCUCCCAUCAACUCGUAUAAGCAAGGGCUUCACCCCCGGAUUGCGCGCCGACCCCCAACCAGGCGCGUUCUCCGCCGCGGAUUUCCUCUACGCGUUUGUCCCCUCCCUGUUGGGGAUGAUGCUGUUCCUCAGCUUCCAGCACAUAACCACCCACUUCCUCAUCCUCACGCCCUGGGCGGCACUAUCUUCCCGCGGCGGUUGCCGAGCGGAAGAGGGACUCCUAGUCGACUACCCAGCCUGCCUCCCCCUCGAAUCCAGCUUCAAAGCCCUGAGGAACAAGCAUUUCCGCGCGGCGUUUCUGUCGUUCAGCUCAACUUUGUUUCUGGCGAUCCCGGUCCUGGCAGGGGGGAUGUUUAUGGCCUUGACGAAACUAUCCAGAACGAGAAGGGAAGAAGACGGGGUGGUGGUCGAGGACUGGGAGCAAGAGGUGAGGAUGUAUGCUAACAUGCCUGCUUAUACUCUUUUGCUGGCGGUGCUGGGGCUGUAUCUCGUGGCGUUGGUGAGUCUUGUGCCAAAGAGGAAGGAGGUGGGGAUGCCGCAUGGGGUUGGGUGUCUGGCGGAGGUGGCGGGGUAUCUUGUGAACAACGAGUUGAGGGAGGAGCUGGCUUUCAAGAGGUGUGUCAACAAGGAGGAGCUUCUGGAACGGAUGGGUGCGGGGGGGAGGGGGAAUGGGGGGAUUGAUAUGAGUCCGAGGUGGUAUUUCGGGUUUGGGGGGGAGGGGGUGGCGGGUGUGCCGCUUAUUGGGGGGGAGCAGCAGCAAAAUGGGGGGAUGGAGAGUGAGCUUGGGAUUAGGAGGUUGAGGAGGUUUACUGAGAAGAGGAGGGUUAGGAAGAGCAUGAUUAGGAGGGGGAAUGAUGGGUUGUCGUUGUGA